AUGAAGCGUUCCUCCUUCGAUGCUGGCCUUGACGGCCGGCAACAGGACCGCCGCCACUCUGCCGUCCCUGAUGAGCGGCCUACUCCGCUGAAGAUUUCCAAAGCCCGCGCUUGCGCGGAGUGCAAACGCCACAAGAUUCGCUGUGAAUUCCGGCCAGGCGAAACAAGCUGCACGAAAUGCCUGCGCAGCGGGAUUAAGUGUGUUGUGAAUGACUUUUCGCAGAAGUUUGUUGAUGACGAUGGAGUGUGGAAAGCUCGAGCGUCGGCCACUAUCCAGCAACUCCAAGCAGCCGUGUCGCAUCUUCUCCGCCAGAACGGGCUUCCAGAGCUCUCGACAUACACAGUUGGCGACAGUCCCAACGGUCCUUCCCCAGCCGCACCUUCAUACCACACCGGAAACCGCCAUUCGAUGAACGGCUCGCCGUCGGAUGUGAAACCCGACGGACCGGGGCUGGUCGUGACACGCGAGCCCUCGCAGGAACCAGAUUUACAAGACCGAGAGUUGGUGCCCGCGCCAAUGCGCAGUCUAUAUGAGGUGACGAAGCUGCGGGAUUUGCGGCACAAUCAUAUCGAGCAGCCCAAGUCGACGCUUCUGGAAGAGGACUUCCUUUCGCGGGGCCUCAUCUCUCUUCAAGAGGCGGAGGAACUGUUUGCGUAUUUCAGCCGGACCAUGAAUCAGCUGCUCUGGGGUGGGAUCAUCCUUGUCCAUCGCGACCUCACUUCAGUACGGCGAGCGUCAAGUCUGCUGGCGGCUGCGGUGCUUACGGUCGCAGCGCUGCAUAUUCCCAACCGCACCGAAACUCUGAACCUGUGUUAUAGCGAGUACGUGUCGCUGGUCUCGAGCAUGUCACUGACCCGUGCCCAUACUCUGGAUGACGUUCGAGCGCUCUGUGUCGGGGCGUUUUGGCUGUCGGAGCUGAGCUGGAAGCUGUCCGGCCAUGCGGUACGAAUAGCUACGGAGCUGGGCCUCCACCAGAGCUACCAGAAGAUGAUCCGCGGCCACAGCGACCAGUACGAAAGAGCCCAACUCUGGUAUUUACUCUAUGUCUGUGAUCACCAUUUCAGUAUAGCGUACGGCCGACCGCCCGUCAUCCACGAGGACCAGGCGAUCAAAAACUACGAAACGUUCCUGCAGGCGCCAAUGGUUGUUCCUGGCGAUAUUCGGCUGCUAGCCCAGGUCGCUCUUUUCAUGAUCCUGACCGAGGCAUACCGGACGUUUGGAAGCGACACCGAACAAGCCCUGACGGAAGAGGACUUUGGUCAACUGCGUGUUUUCAAUGUAGCCAUAGAUCAAUGGCGGCUCUUAUGGCAACCACGUUCUGAAUAUCUGACCCUCGCUGCAGCCGACAGUCCCUACGUCCGGACCUACCCUUCGAAGGGAGUGGUCCUUCAUUACCAUUUCGCCAAGUUCCAGCUCAAUUCGCUCUCCCUCCGAGCCCUGUCUCCAACCAACACACCCGUAUUCUCGAUGGACCGCAAGGAAUCGGCCAACAUCGCUAUAUCAUCCGCCAUGGCAUGCUUGAACAUGGUGCUAGAAGAACAAGAUAUCCGUGACGCCAUUGUCGGGGUACCCAUCUUCACGCACACCAUGGUCACGUUUUCUGCACUGUUCCUUCUCAAGGUCGCAGUUAACUGGAACUCGGCGUACCUGAGUCUGGAUAGUGGGCUUGUGCGAAGUCUAGUCGAGCGGGUGAUUGAGCUGUUGAACUGCGUCUCUGCGGGCGAGAGACAUUUGACAAGACAUAUUGCUCGUGGACUGAGCAAGAUGCUGGAGCGAUUUGACUCGUGGGAUAUGUCGAAUGGCGUGCCCGCCGGGACCGUAGGCGAACGGGCAGGCAGCGGCGUUCCUGGCGGUGCAAACGCAAUGGCGCAAGGAUUCCCGCCGCCAGACCUGAUCUACGAUAUGGUAGGGACGUACGGGUUCGGCUUGGACGAGAAUCUGCUCGAUCCCAGCAUGGCAAAUUUUGAGUAUCUGGCGCAGUAA